UGUUUUAAGCCGUGCGAAGUAACAUCAUCAGUCUACAACAUUCGGUAGUCUGGACUUUAGACAGCUAUCACCUAUCCAUGUCUCUGGAAACAACACCACCUCUCAAUCUGAAAUCCGGUUUUUUGCUGAACCGCCGGUUCAUUGCGUCGAUGCACCCUUUUCCUCCGGCUAACCACCGCCGGUAUCCAGCUCCGAUGCAACUGUCAUUUCCUUUUCGCGCCAAAACUGUUAACCGUCAAGAAACUAACAUUCCCGCUGUUUUGGAGACGGCAAGUGUGGCUACGGAGAACCAAUCCGAUUCACCGGUGAGAAUUGUGGCCCUCGUCGGGAAAGGAAGCAUCAGCCCUUUAAAAUGCGCCACUUGGGAGGAGGUCAUGCUCCAUACUGCAAAAAGGUUAAAAUGGGUAGAUGAAGGGUAUGACAUGCUUGUGUUCACUGAUAACCUAUGCCAAUCUAAUAAUCAAACUGAAGCUCUGCAAAAGGAAUUGAGCCGUGCAGAUAUAUUACUGAUAGUUGCCAUUUCAAAUCAAGAAUCAGUCAAGUGGAUCCAAUCCAAUAGCAAAAGUGUUCAAAACAUAAUCUGCUUCGACUCAUCUCCGAAUCUUGCAAACAAACUAGGAGGAUAUUACAUUCAGAAUGAAACUAAUGGGACUUUAUUUGGAAAAAUUAUUGGAGUUUCUCGGUCUAAGAAAAUCAAGGAAUCAAUGGAAGUAGUGAAAACUGUAUGGGAAGCAUGGGACCGGCAUAAUUCAGAUGAUAUUAGGUUUUGUUUGUUGGUUAUAAUCAAUGCAUAUAUUAGACCAGUGCCAAUUUUGAAGAACCUAAGGUCAAAAGGUUUUUCCACCUUGAAUUGCAUGGUUAGGAACUGCGGGCCACAGAUACUAAACUGCCUAUUAGAUCCUAAAUGCAGGAAAGCUCUGCAAUGUUUGAACAACUGUAGUCCAGUUGAUCAAGUUUGUAAUUAUCGGUGUAUUGCUUCUUAUGAAAGUCCAAACCUAGAGGCGUUUUCUCUAUGUGUGUUGCAGAAGAACAAUUGUCUUGAAUUAGAUGCAAAAAUCCCAGAAAAGCCUUACGUGCCUCCGUUGGUUAAGUUUCAGGGAGAAGACUUGUGCCAUGAAAAAGCUGAGGAUCUUUUUGUGGGUUGGUUAGGGGAUCUUGGUUGGAGUUGGAGAGUUGUGGCAGGGCAAAACCCAGCUUACGAUCAAUUCCCGUGCCAGUACCAGUUGUUCUAUAGGGGGAAAGCAAAAGGAUCAUUUUGGUAUGAGCCAGUUUUCCAGGUUCAAACACUAGAGGGGGAAAUGGUUUGGAGGAGACGAAAAUAUCGAGUCAAGAGAGGAAAAACUCCCGGAACGUUUUACUUUAGUGUAUUAGAUAAUGGAGUUGUUUCAAAUGAGUUUUGGACAAUUGUGGAUGUGUCUGAUGAUUUUAGUUGGGGCUUGUUUCAUUACACUGGCGCUGCUCGAGUUGCUGGACAGUCAUAUACAGGGGCUGUGCUUGUUAGUGCAGAUGGAAUGUACCCAAAUGAGAAGGAAAAGAACAGACUGGUUUCUGCAUUGGCGAAGUGUGGGAUUAAAGAGUGGGAGCUUUUUACAGUUGAUAAUUGUUCAUGCCAAGAUCCUCCACUGGGAAUCCCAGAAGGCUCCAGUUUGCAUUCUAAAAUUGAAGUUAAAGCUGAGAACUGGAAAUGCACAGCUUUGUGAAUACAGGUGAAUGCUUUAAACUGAGACUCGAAAGAUUUAAUAGCAAUUAGAUUGGGCUUAUAAACUUUGAUUAAUUAGUCAUUUCAAAGAUUGUGUAAAAUGCAUUAUAUUGUUUAUACUUUCCGUUCUAAAAAGAUAGUUCACCCUCUAUUUUCAUACAGAUUAAGAAAUAACAGUUAUUAUGGUUAAAGGACAA